AUGCCUGCGCUGCGGAAAUUGGGCGACUCCCAUGGGCAUAUCAUAGUCGCACCACAACCUGCAAGAGGAAUUAUUCAUUUGCAGGGUGCUGCGAAACACAUCGAAGCAGCGAAGCCUGGACUGCGAGCCCUCAUCGAAGAGCAUUUUCCGGAGGCCGACAUCCCCAAGGAGCUCCUGAAGCCCAGUGAACUGCCUGAGGCUCCCGAGGCUCCAGAGAUGGGUUCCGAGCCUGAAAAGUCCGCUGAGCAGAUGGAGAAGGAAGCGCCAAAGGAGGUCGACUCUCCCCAGGUCUUGGCGACAAAAGCCUUAAAGCGCGCCUAUGCUACGCACAGUGCCAGCGCCAUGCGAAUUGCUUUGGGUGCUGCGUACUCUGCUGGGGUGGGUCAAGCUGCGCUGGAGGAAGGUGAGCGUUGGUUGAAGGAGCUCACAGCUGCCGCAGCAUUGGGUGUGGUUUUGCAGAAGGAUGCCUCCAUCCAAGAGCUGCAGGCAGCGCUGAUGGCAGCCCGUGAGGCUUGCGUCGACGAAGCCCGGCUUGAAGAGGCAGAACUGCAACUGGGUCGCUUGGAAACCCAAGAAGCCUUAGUGAAGGCCAUGGGGGGCAGUGAGGCCGAGUUGCGGGAGGCCUUGGCGGCUGCACGUGCCUGUGGCUCUGAUGUGGACAUCCUCGCGGAGGCAGAGGCACGACUUUGCACUUUGGCUGCGGAGACUGAGCUGCUCAGCGCCAUGGAAUUGGUGCAGUCCUUGGAGAUGUCUGGUGCAGUAGAUGAGGAAACGGAGGUUGUUUUCGCGGCUGCUGUUCGAGAGGCCGAGACUGCAGCAGUAUCGGGGCCGCUUUUAGCAGAUGCAAAUGUGCGGCUGGCUCGCCUGGCAGCUCAACGUGAGGCGCAGUUGAGUCAGAAGCGUGCUGCAACCGCGGAGGUGGACAGCAAUUCAAAGCGUCAAAAAACACAAGAGACUGAAGAGAACGGAGAAGGUGAUACCGGUGUGACUGAUGGGAACGCGCUCCAAGAGUGGGCGCGGAGCUUGCUGGAAUCUGCUUUGCUGAUUUGCUGCAAGCGAAAUGCGGUUGAGGCGGAGGAUUUCGACUUGGCGCUGGCCUUAAAGCAGCAAGAAGCUGCUGUGGGCGAUCGUGUUCAGAAAGUCAAAGAGAAAUGCCAAGCAACUCCUGACGAUUUCGCACAGCUGGAAGAGGUGCGACGGCAGAAGCUUGAGGCAGUGGAAAAGGAGGACUAUGACCGUGCAAUGGAGCUGAAAGAGCUGGAGAAGCAGCUCCAGAACCGCAGGCAAUUGGAGGAGGUCCACGCGAUUGCUGCAGCUGCGAGGCUUCUCAGUGAUUCUCGCCCAGAGGACUUGCUGCCUGGCCUCCUUCCGACCUUGGCUGACCAAGCCAAGGCAGCGCCAGAGCUGUGGCAUCAGGUGGCAGAAGAAUUGAUUGAGCUGUGGCACAAGCAUCAAUGCAUGCGAGCUUGUGAAGCUGACGUGGAGCUGGAGGAGUCCGACAUGGCCAAGCUGAACUUCUGA